CUAUCUUAAACGAUAAAUAUCAUAGUAAUAUAAUGAUUUUUUUUUGUGAUUUCAAAAUUAAUUUAGGUAAAUAAAUAUAAUGUAAAUGUGAUAAAAAAUCGAUUUUUGUGAUUUUUUGACUGAUGAAUAUUAAAAUUAUAAAAUAUUGGAAAAGGUUCUGUCAUAUAAAAUUUAUAAUAUUAAAAACUAAACACAUUUAUUUUGGCUCGAUUUUUUGUGGUAAAUAAAAAAUUAUUUUUGGCAAAUUAAAAAAAAAACUUUCUGGCAAAUAAUUGUUUGAUAUGGGGCGGUUCUUUCGAAAUCGGUUCCUUCUUCUGAACCAGGUACCCGGGAAAUCUCGAACCGGGACUGGAGUCUCUAUAAUCACUUAAACGUCUUACAGGUGUCAGCUCAUUCAAUUUGUUCUGUACAUUUUUACAUUUCAGAAAAUAUUAUUUAUUUAACUGUUCAAUUAGAUUUAUUUAUAUUAAUAAAUAAUAAAUUAUGAAAUAAAAAUUACUAAAAAUGGCUGAUGAUAAUUGGAAAAACCGCGUAGGCAUUUUAAUAAAUUAUUCAAGUGAUGAAGAUGAUGUUGUAGAGUUUCGUAAAAAAUCAAAUGUAACUACUGAAUCACUGGACACAAUAGAUUUUUCUAAUUUUGAAGAAGUUUAUGGAAGUACUCCUCCUCGCACUAGGAUUAAGAUAAAAAACCGAGAAUGGAAUCGAAAACAACAAGACGUAAGUCCAAAAACAAAUAAAACUCGACGUGCUCGUGCAGAAAGAAGAAAUACAGUGGAUUGUGCUAUUCUUAAUCAAAUGAUAAUAGAACCAACAAUUGAUUCAAAGCGGAUUGAUAAAAAAACCAUUCAACUAGCUCGAAAUGAGGAACGAGAUUCAAAGUUGCUAACAUCAUCAAUGAUUUCAUCAUAUUUAGUUCCAAAUAUUUUAAAUAAAUGGAACUCAGCAGCAUCUGAGGAAAGAGCUGAAAGUCUUCCUAUCACCAAAAAAGCUCAUAUAGUGCCUAAAUUAAUUGAGUCAUGUAAUCGUUUCAUGAGCGUUAGAUCUCGUCCAAUUGGUUGCCGAACUUCUGCACCUGCAACUUCUUUUACAAAUGUAAACAUAAAAUUACCUUCAUUGGCGAUUACAAGCAAUGAAAAAAAACCUAAAACAAGUGAAGAUCUAUGGAACAAAAGAAAUAUUUUUUAUGACAAAUUUUCAAAUUUAAUUAAACUGGGCAGUAUUGAUAAAAGUUCAAAAAUAUCACAAGAAGAAAAAUUGUGGCAAACUGAAGCAAAGGAUUUAAUUUGGUUAGAAUUGCAAGCUUGGCAUGCAGAUAGGAAUGUAGAGGACGAAGAUCAAUAUUUAUACUCCGCACGUCAAUCAAUAGGUGAUCUACUAAGAGAAAUUAUGAUUUACAAAUUUGAUAGAACAAAAUCGAAUAUAUAUGCAUCAGUUGAUAGUGGAGUGUCAAUUAAUGAUGGUACAUCUGUUUGCUCUGGGUGCAUUUCUAUGUAUUGUAAAGAUUGUUUAGCUUUUCAAACUUCAGCUUUGACUCAAGUAGAAUCACUUUUAUCACGUUUGGAACAAGCUGAAAGUUUAUUUCAGUCAACUAAAGCAUUUGGUUCUUCUUAUCCGCUUUACAAAAGUGAAGCAUUUACUGGAAGAAUUAAAGCACUUUGUUUAUGGUACAAUAUGACAAGACAUCAUAGACUUAAGCUGUUAAUUCUCGGAAAAUUAUUGGCAAGAUUGCACUCAGGAAAACAGCAUCCUUGGCCUAUAACAGAUGCUACAGAAGUAUAUGAAACCCAUAUUGACACCUCAGAUGAACAAGUGUCUGCUUCAAUGGAGGACAAUAUCCAUGAACUUACAUGUGACGUUGGUUUUCCGGCUAAUCAAGUCUUAUGUCCUGCUAUCAGGUCUGUCACAAAAGGUCCUGAAAGUUCCUUUGUUUGUGACACAAGUACACCUGAAGAAAUCACUAAAGGUAAAUCACCAUACAGAAAGUACAUUGAAAAUGUACUUAAAUCACGUGGUUUAGGGAAAUCUUUAUCGUUUUUGCAUCGAUUACACAAUGUUGUUCUAAGAAAAGCACGAAUAACAUUGGAGAAACCAGGUGAAUCUGAUCUCUUUGAAGACUCUGAUCUAUUCGACGAAGAUACUUCGGUCAUUGAACUAAUUGAACCACCAAUGGAUUGUGAUCAAAUUGAAGAAUUAAGAAAGUAUGGUAUAUGGAGUAAGGAAGCAAAAGAUUUGUCUUUGCCUUCAUAUGUACCGGCGUUCCUUUUUUUGUCUUUAAUUCCCCUAGAAGUAAUCCAUGAGUUUCUACGCAUGAGAUUGGAAACGGUUUCAAAAGUUUCGAAACCAAACCUAUUAAGUUUAGAGCAAAUUUUAAAGGAAUUACGAGAAGGCUUGUCUCUUGCAAUGAUACACCGGGAAAGGUAUAAACGACAUAUAAGUACUGCAUUAAAUGAAGAAAUAGAAGGUUAUGAGAAACACAUGUCUAUUUUGAAAGAGUUUAACAAAACUUGUCAACAUGUAUUUGAAUUAUAUUUAACUUAUGCUGAAGAUUGGAUAGUAAAAGGACCUUCUGAUACUUGUCGGCGUUUGGAUGAAGAAUGGCGUUUCGUCAAAUUAAUCAGUCCUAUGAUGACAGGUCAACAUAUUCAAGUGUGUCAACGAUUUUCUAGUAUUAUCCAACAAUUAUUUAAAGAGAUUGGAAAUACGCUAGUUACAAAAAUAACUUAUUUGGAUAACCAAGCAGAGCAUUCUAUAUCAAUCAAAUGGCAGCUUUUUACAAUUUGUAGAGAAACACAGCAAUUAUUUACAAAAGAACGUGAAAAUAUGUUAAAAAUUCUUGUGUUUGUGAAGAAUAUGUGUAAAGAUAUUGAAAAACCAGAAUUUCAUCGUGAGCACAAUGAAGAUUUGAUAUCAGAUUUAGACAAAUUUCUUUGUAGAGAAGUUAGACAAUCAGUUACUCUCAUUAAAAAGGAAGCCUUAGAAUUCAAUGAUGUAUUGAUAAAUAUAAUUUCACUUGUACAAAGGAGAUGUGACGUAAAAAACUUAACAGAAAUGGAAGAACAGGACAAAUUAGCUGUUAUUACAAGAUCUCGUGAAAUAAUGCAUGAAGGAUUUAAAUUUGGCUUUGAGUUUCUAAAAGAAAUGCAACGUAUACAUGAAAUGAAGGUUGCCAGUUGUAAGGAUAGUAAAUGUGAACAAAACUUCGCUCUAAUGACGAUAAAUUUUGGAAAACUAUGGAUGAAAUUUGUCACUGAACGAACAGAUCGCGGUCGAGGAGUACGACCCACGUGGGCGAAUCAAGCAUUUGAAUUUUUAAUCGCGAUGUGCGAUCCCCACAAUACAAGCUUUUUGAGUGAAACUGAAUUUGAAGUACUAAAAGAGGAAAUCUCUAGUACUAUAUCUCACGUUGUUGGUGAGCCAGAUAUUCGAAAAUCCGCACGAUCUCAUCGAAAUUCACCUCUACCUCGGCCACGCACACCAUUAACACCAACCACACCUCAAUUAAAUCGUUACGCUUCUCAACUUAGUACGAAGAGCAGCAGUUCUUUGACAGAAUCAAGUCCACAAUGCUCAACAAAUAUCGAACCAUUGAGUAUGACCACUGUUGAUACGAGUUUUAAAAUCGAAAAAAAUUCAAGAGAAUGUAAGCAAAUCCGUAUUCGAGACGCAAUAAGACGAUUAGAUUUUACAAUUGAUCACAAGUUACGAGAAAAGAGUCUAAUAGGAACAGUGAAGGUGAUAAGAACUGCAGAUAAGUUGACCAUCCGUGCUCGCAGUGUAAACUUUUCAUGGCAUCGGGGAAUGAAGAUUGGUCAAGGCCGAUUCGGAACCGUAUAUACUGCUGUUAACAAUGUGACUGGGGAACUUAUGGCUAUGAAAGAAAUACCCAUAACACCCGGCGAAACAAGAGCUAUUAAACGGGUUGCUGAAGAACUUAAAAUAUUUGAAGGAAUUCAACACAAACAUCUUGUUAAAUAUUACGGAGUCGAGAUACAUAGGGAAGAGCUUUUAAUAUUCAUGGAACUAUGUUCAGAAGGAACACUUGAGUCAAUUAUAGAGCUAUCUGGAGGCCUUCAUGAGAGUAUGACACGGCGUUAUACAGCACAAUUGCUGCUAGCAUGUCAAGUAUUGCAUCAAAAUGGUAUAGCGCAUAGAGAUAUAAAGCCAGCAAACAUUUUUUUAACUAAUGAUCGAGGUUGUUUGAAGUUAGGAGAUUUUGGUUCGGCUGUGAAAAUCGAGGCACAUACAACCAUGCCAGGUGAACUAAAAGGAUAUGUUGGUACUCAGGCAUACAUGGCUCCAGAAGUAUUUACUAAAACAAAUACUGAUGGUCAUGGACGAGCUGCUGAUAUUUAUAGUUUGGGAUGUUGUGUGAUUGAAAUGUCAUCAGGAAAGCGCCCAUGGCAUCAAUUUGAUUCUAGUUUUCAAAUUAUGUUCAAAGUAGGAAUGGGGGAAAAUGCUGAAAUUCCAGAGAAUCUAAGCCAAGAAGGGAAAGAAUUUGUUGAUUUAUGUUUAAAACAUGAUCCCAAAGAACGACCAAAUGCCAGUGAAUUGCUGUUACACAAUUUUUGCAAAGUAAAUGCUGAUUAGAUUGUCUUUACAUUUUUGAUAUUUUUUGUUUAUAUUUAAAGUUUGUCGAUCUUUUCGCAGUAAAAAACAGCAAAAUGAUUCAAUGUAAAUAUGUGUAUGGAAUGAAUAAAAAACAAUCUACUUAUAAUUAAUUUCUUUAGAUUUUUAUAAUAAUUUUGGUCACUUAAAAUUGUUUCAUCUUAAUUUCGAUAUAAAAUGUGUUUGAAUUCGAACAAAAUAAGUUCAUGUUUAAUACCUAGAUUUUUAAUGUCAAUUUGCUAUUUUUAUCGUUUUUAAUUUUUAAUCAAAAAGUAAAAAUUUCUAUUUUUUUCAAAUAAUUUUUAU